CGGCCGUGUCCGUUUCCUCCCCGCCCUCGCCCGCCCGCCCCGCCGUUCCUUCUCCCUCCCCCUUCGCCGAUGCGGCCGGCCCCCAAACCCUAGCCCGAUCCCAAUGGUGACUCCCCGCACGGGGGCCGGGCCGCCGGUCACCGGCGACCGCUACCUCGACCUGCUUGUGCGCUUCGUGGCCCGCCACGCGGGCGAGCUGCUCGACGGCUCCGUCACCCUGCGCCUCCACCCGGUGGGGCUCCACUACGUCGCCUCCCGCCUCGAGGCGCUGCGCGAGCUGGAGGCCGUCGGCGCGGGAGCGCCCGUCGACUACCUCCGCGCCUACGUCGCCGACCUCGGGGAUCACCGCGCGCUCGAGCAGCUCCGCCGGAUCCUUCGCCUCCUCACGUCGCUCAAGGUCAUCGCACCCGGGCCAGGGCGCGACCCGGCGCCGCUCUCUCUCCUACCGUUUGCGCACCUUCGUGUGCUCGAGCUGAGGGGGUGCGACCUCUCCACCUCCGCAGCCAGGGGCCUGCUCGACCUCCGUCACACCCUCGAGAAGCUCGUCUGCUACAAUUCCACGGAUGCUCUUAGGCAUUUAUUCGUGAGUAGAGUCGUGGAUAUCAAGGACUCUCCUGUUUGGAGUCGGCUCUCAUAUGUCUCGUGUGCUUCUAAUGGUCUGGUACUCAUGGACGAGUCGUUGCAAUUAUUACCUGCAGUUGAAACCCUUGACCUUAGUCGGAACCAGUUUGCAAAGGUAGAUAAUCUGCGGAAAUGUACAAAGUUGAGAAAUCUGGAUCUUGGAUUUAAUCAUUUGCGUUCUAUAUCAUACUUGAGUGAGGUUCAUAGUCGAGUUGGUAAACUUGUACUAAGAAACAAUGCUUUAACUACAAUACGUGGGAUCGAAAAUCUCAAGUCACUUGUGGGCCUUGAUCUGUCUUAUAAUAUCAUAUCAAACUUCUCAGAAUUGGAAAUUCUUGGCAGCCUAUCUUUGCUAGAGAACCUAUGGUUAGAAGGCAAUCCAAUCUGCUGCGCUCGGUGGUAUCGAGCACAUGUUUUUAGUUUUUUCCAUAAUUCAGAAAAUUUGAAGUUAGAUGAUAAAGGCAUGAACACACAAGAAUACUGGGAAAAACAAGUAAUGUUUUCAAGCAGACAGAAACAACCAGCUGGUUACGGAUUUUAUUUUCCUGCAAAAGAUGACUGUGAGGAUGAAGACACUUCUAAAUCUAUGAUGGUAUUGAAAAAGAUUUCUCGACUUGCCUGUAUUGUGGAGGAAGAGAGAAGCCUGUGUGAUGAAGGUGUGGACCUGCAGUCUACCCCUCGUGAUAGUGAUAGUUCCAAGAAGGAUGAAGUUUCAGCUGCUGAUGGUGAUAUACAAAUUACUUCUUUGAUAAGUACAGCCGAAUUGAUGAAGAAAGAAAGAUCGACUGUUUGGCUGCGUGAAUUUAAGGAGUGGAUGGAUGAAAAUACGGAUAAUAACACAGAAGGUGACAGACUUUAUGCUGAUUUCACUAACAAAAACAGAAGGCAGAAGAGACAAAACGGAAGGCAAAAAUCACACAUGAAAAGGUCAAAGAGCGUCACAGAUCUGGCACAGACAUCAGAAGGUGGUAGCAGCUCAAACCUUUUGGAGUCUGAUUUGUCUUUCACAGAUGGUGCAUGCAAUGGUGUCACUACUGAAUCCCCAAUUGAAGUGAAUGCUGAACCCGAUCAUUUAAGGGUGCACUUGAAUUCUGUCCAACAGCUUCCUCCACUAGAAUUUGUAGGCACUUCACAUUCAGAUUCUUUUUCCGAGUUGGAAGAUGGUUCUAAUAUUUUGCAUGCAAAUGGAACACCCUCUCAUGCAAUGAGCAAGUUGAUAGGGCCAAGUCCAUCAUUUGCAUAUCCUAGUCCACAAUCACCCCCACAAUACAAGGAGGACAUUCUGCGUCGCAGGCUUUUUCUGGAGGAAGAAUUUUUGCAGAGUUCAGGAGAUUUCCAGUGUGUUGGUUCUCUUGGUAGUGGUAGCAGCUGCAGUGAUGACUCUUCAGGUGAUUUAUGUUCAUGCAAUUCGGAAGAUGAUUGUGUAGCAAUUCAAACAAAAAUGGAGCUAGCCCUCAAUGAUCAGAUGGCUUCAUUUCCUUAUGCGGAUAGUGAUCAUGAGGAAAAGGAUGGUGAGGAAUAUUUAUCACAGGUGGGAAGUUUGUCUGACAGUUCAGCAGAAGAUGACCCAACUUACACAGAUGCCAUAGAGUUUGGCACAAAGGAGCUACAUGAUAGGAAGCAGAUGAAUGGGCAUGUAGGUCAGCAUUCAGGCCAUUUGGGUAGACAAAAUGGUAAGCAGAAGUUUAAGAGGCGGAUAGUUCCAAUUUUCAAGAAUCAGAAUGGCAGUAAACUAGAAUUUCUGAAGACUAAUGGAGAUGAGAUGGAUGAGGAGGUUUCAGUGGGCGAAAAUGGUCAUUUGAGAUAUGACCUAAAAAGUACUACUUGCAAGGAUCAACACUCAGAAAAACAUAUUUCAAGUAUCCUACACAAGGAUAACUUGUCUAUUGGUGCCGAUACAGUUUCUUCUAAUACUCGUAGGGGUAAAUACAAGCUUAUAGAGGAUUUCUUCAAUGUGGAAGUUGCUAACAAGGAAGAGUCUGAAAUAUGUGAACAAGGAGCUCGUUGUGGAUAUAUGUUUCAAGAUGGAAGCGAUUUAGUUCAAAGAGAAGUAGCCUUGUUGCGAAGUUCUCAAAACAAGUUGUAUGUUCUGCUGGUUGAUAUGGCUCAAGAUGAACGAGAAAUUAUGCCAAGAGUUUUGGGCUGCUAUAGGCUUGAACAUCUAGAGAAAGUUUUGAUUGGGUUGGGUCUACAAGUUCUAAGGAUGCACAUGACAGAUCAUACAGCUCAUCUAUUCCUGGCACGUACUCCCAAGGAAGCACAAGAUGUACUUUGGCUCUUAAAUCUGUUCAGCUUUCCGCAGUUAACCAAUGGGGUAUCUUUGCAAAGUUGGGAGAAGAUCCAAAUUAAAUCGCUCGAGAAAUGUAUAUGUGCAAGUAUGAAGAUGGGAAUAUUUUUCUACUCCAUGUUGAUGUUCUGGAAGAAUGAUGCUGAAGAGGAAUGCCUGGUUAUUAGAUCCCUCAUUGUUACUGAAGGAUCGAUUUUUGUGUGCAUUGAGGACCUAUAUCGGUUUGGCUGCUUUCCUGAUGAUUCAUAUCCUCCAUAUUUUUCUCUCGACGAGUAUUGUUCUAUAAAAAACAUUAAAGAACUGGUGAUGGAUCAGCGUGACAACAAAUGCUUGACAUUGGUUUUGGACAAACAUAUACAUGAAGGGAGAUCUCAUAGUACCACUAAAAAUUCACAGAACAAGCAAGCAGAUGCAAUUUACAAAAUACAGUCAUGGAAACUAAAGUGGUUUGCCGAAGAAACACUUAUGAAGUUCAUUUCUGUACUUAGGGCCCUUUACUCUACGGCAGGUUCUUCAUCGUUACCUGUAAAGUGGAUAUCCUGACGUGUUGGUCUUGUAAUUAGCAGUGAUUGCAUUGAUUCUUUUGGGGGUUGUAUUUAGGUGUUUUUUUACAGGUGUAUUUAGGUGUUAAUAUGUACAGGUUUUUCGUUAGCUCUCUAGCUGUGCAUUUCCUUUAUUCUUAGUAGUUAUCAUUUUCUUCCUACAUCGUACAGUUGAAGUUGUACAGAACAGAGCUAGGCUUGACUGCUUGAGUGAAUGAGUGCGAAUUCAAUUUUGACAAAUAAGCUGUUUUGAACAA